AUGAAGGCAUGUCAACAAAACUGUUGACAUUUAGGACGAUAACUUAUUUCUAGGGAACAGCAUUUUGCCGGUGACGUUGUUGCAAUGGAACUGACGUGGACUGAUUCUCUUGACACGAGUGGUCCCUUCAUGACCCGUGACGCUUACGACAAGUUCUCUCUCGCGCCUACUAUUGAAGAACUAUGGGAUAUGUUACACAGUCCACAGAAGAAAACAGGAGCGAAAGACAGGCCGGCGCACCAGUCCCAUAAUGCAACGACGACACUGGAGGCGGACAGUGAAGAAGACUCCGAAGGAGAAGGCGACAGUGACCAGCAGGAUGAAGAGUUAGAUGACAGCCAUGAAAACCCAGUCGAGGUUCAAGGCCACCAGGAUGGCUCUCCUAAGACAAUCCCCAAAGGAAAGGAGCCAAAGACUGCUGCUGGUGGUGUAAAGCAGACCUUCCCAGAGCCCCGGCUGCCUUAUCCCAAAACCAGCUCCAUUGCCAGGCAUGAGCAUAACUCCUAUAUGCAGUGGUUACUGAAAAAGGGCACGAUGCCACCUCAGAAUGUGCUGCAGCAUGUGAGGCAGGAGGUGUCAGAGUUCAUGACCUACCUGCAGGAGGUCUCCAGAGCCUGUGCUGAUGACUACAACUACAUUUCCCAGGGGGCCGCUCGCUACUGCCAGGAGUAUAUCAAAGCCUGCUUUGAUCACUUGAAGACAUACCCUCAACAUUACGUCCUUCAAGAGACCAGCAACGUACUGGGCAAUGUAUACAUGCCAAAUUUGUCCUUAAACCUGGAGAAACAGCUUCUUGCCAUGGGGACCAUCGAUGUUGGAUGUGAUAUCAUACUGAAGAAGAAAGCUCAGCUCUCAGUAGAGUUUGAGGAAGUGAAUGCGGCAAAUCCUCCCUCCAAAAAAGCAAGUGAAUCACACAAGCCCAUCAGUAGUGAUAAAACGGCGGAGAGGCUGAGUGAGAAGUACUCCCCGGACGUGUGUCUGACCAGCGAGGCGCUGCUGCAGCUGCUGGACCAGAGCUCCGACUUCACUGAGGAGUGGGAACUGCCUUCUCGUCACACUCAACGCCCUCACAGGUACAGAGCUCAGACUUCACUGAGGAGUGGGAACUGCCUGCUCUCGUCACACUCAACGCCCUCACAGGUACAGAGCUCAGACUUCACUGAGGAGUGGGAACUGCCUGCUCUCGUCACACUCAACGCCCUCACAGGAAAGAAGACGGUGUACAUCGACCCUCCACUCCUGAAGAGGGAGCUGAGUGUCCGGGAGAGGAAUCACCUCUUCCACGAGGAGACGGUCAAAAUGGCGAUCAGAAAGAAGAACUCAACACCUGCCUUCUUCCUCAUGACCGACCAAAACGGCCCAAAGAAGCAGCUCAAGGACAGCAGAGUAAAAGAGCAGGCCGCUGGACCGGACACUGGUCUGGACUUUGAUGUGGACUUCACAGAGCUGGAGUCGUUUGGAGAGACAAACCUCUCGCCCAAGAAGAAGCCCAGCCAGGACUCCACGCAGACGACCAAGGUCAAAAUGGCCGCCGCUGACAAGGACGCCCCGAGCGCGAGCACACUGACGCCAAAGAGAGAAGAGGCGGCGGCUAAAGAGGCGGCCAGCACACCUGAGACGUCUGCUCCUCCUCAGUCUGCAACACCUGCAGCUGCUGCCUCCACCUGCCCGGAGAACGAGGAUAACGACGAGGAUUGGACGGACGUGGAGGAUGGCUCAGUGGAAGAAGGCGGGACUUCUUGUCCAGACACGCCCACAAAGUCUCCAAGUGCAGUCCGAUCCGUAGGCCAAUCGAAAAAGGGGACGGGAGGAGACGCGUGGCAGUUCGCCACCCCGGCCAAGCGGGCGCGAAGUCCCUCCGAGUGCUCGGCCGACUCUGACGAAUCUCAGCUGUUCAUCGCUGACUCUCCCACCCCCUCCGUCCGCACCGGCAGACCGGCAGACAAGACGCUCACCCCCCGCCUGACCAGUAAAUCCACUGCCUCCACCACAGCCACAGCCUCAGCCCCUGCUCCAGCUCCAGCUCCAUCUACCCCCAAGACCCCCAGGGGACCCCCAGGGGUGCCCCCCGCCCCCACCUCUCCCGCGUCCCAGGCGACUCUGAGGGCUACCAAAGCAGGCAAGAGGCCUCGGCUGGAGGGGGGCUGUGAUCAGCUGGGCCAGAUCUUAAAGAUGCAGAGCGCCAUGCUGAGAGCCACGCCCGCCCUGAGCCCCACGGACACCAGGUCACAUGACCCAGCACACAGGCCAGCUGCAGUAGGGCCUCCAGACACUCCCAGCCACAGCCACAGCCACAGCCACAGCCUGGUGAAGUCCUGCGUCACUUCCUUCCUGGAGGCCAAGGAGGUGGAGGAUGGAGCUGCCAGCACGGCCCCUACACUCUCCCUGCACCUCAACACCAGCAAGAAAUGCCUGUUGGAAGAGGCUCUGCGUGUGUGUGUGGAGGACGAGGGUGAUUACGAGGAGCCAGAGGAGGGCAACAACGCGCUCUACAAGCUCUUCAGCCUCCAUCACAUGCUGCUGCUCAUCCGCUCCACUGUAGCCCUCGCACACGCACGCACACACCCUUCCGGAAGCUUCUGUGUGGUGCCGGUGUCUGUGUUGCCCAAGCUGGAGUACCAGCUGACCUACGGAGCCGAGUGUGUGACCAGCAGUGAAGCCUGCAGGCUGUGGACCGACACACUCCUCAACCCCAGCACUCUGCCACACAUAGUUCGUGUCAAUGCCUACACAUCCCAGUUGGUGGAGUGGGAGAGGCUGUCUCCUGAUUGGCUGCAGAGCAUUUCCUGUGACUUCCGCCCACCUCGAUCCCUCAACAUCCUGCACCACGUCCUGAAGAAGGUCACUGGGCUGCCAGAGGGGCGGUACCUGCUGAGCCACAGAGCCCGUGCCCCCCACUUCAACAUCCUGCGGGCCUGUGGCGACACCUCCCCCCCAGCCCGGAACCCCUACGACCUGCAGGCUGCUCACGCCCACACCCACGCACAUGCCCAGUCCACGCCCCCCGCUGCGGUGGUGCCCCCCCCCUGGGUGCCAGUGGACCCCCACCACCUCCUGGCCAUCCACAGGUGCCACAAUAGGAUGCCCUGCACUUUCCCACAGCCAAUCAGGACACAGAAGAAGGGAGCAACUGGCUACAAGCAGCACCCCCACCAGAACAAGGGUGGGCAGCAGGGUGCGCCUGGAUACAAGCAGCACCACCAGCAGAACAAGGGGGGACAGCAAGGCAACGCGCAGAAGGCCAACAGGAAGAAGAAUAAGAAGAGGCAGGCACAGAGGAACAAGAGGAAGAGGGUGAUGGAGAACAACCCAGCGGGACAAGCUGCUCAGGAGAAGGCUGACUGAGGCUCACCAGAUCACAAAAACAUGUUGAGUUGCGUUACAAUAUGCGACCUUGCCUCCUCUGGCUUCUGAUUCUAGAACAUACUCCAGUGCUAGGCUUCUGAUUCUAGAACAUACUCCAGUGCUAGGCUUCUGAUUCUAGAACAUACUCCAGUGCUAGGCUUCUGAUUCUAGAACAUACUCCAGUGCUAAGCUUCUGAUUCUAGAACGUACUCCAGUGCUAAGCUUCUGAUUCUAGAACAUACUCCAGUGCUAGGCUUCUGAUUCUAGAACAGACAAGCUGCUCAGGAGAAGACUGACUGAGGAUCACCAGAUCACAAAAACAUGUAGAGUUGCGUCACAAUAUGCGACCUUGCCUCCUCCACUUGUGCUUGUCACCUCGUCCCGCCUCCUGACCCCUCCUCCGUGGAGAAAACGAUAAAGUUUCCCAGCUGUCAGCCUAGCCACAAACAACUUUUGAGGGACUGUUUUUCAUUCACCGUCCCAAUUGCAAAUGAGAAAAUGACUCUACAAUUGAGCUUUUGCAAGAUAUUGAAAUAUAAUGCUGUUGUCAGUGAUGUCAUCAAGACAUAUUACUUCCUGGUACGAGGAGACAAGCACAAGUGGAGGAGGCAAGGCCGCAUAUUGUAACACACUCGUUGUAUACAGUAUUGUAUAUGUUUUUUUAUUUAUGUUUUAUUUAUGUACCCUUUAUUUAACCAGGAGACAAGACCCAUUGAGUUUAGAGGCAGCAAAGGAUCACAUUAAAAUUUCAGUUGUAUAGUGAUCUGAUUUGAAAUAAAAUACAAUCAAAUCAGAUAAAAUAUUGUUUAAAUAAACAAAAUAACUGUUCUUAGUUUAUAAGUUCUAAGGGGCACACUGCAUUUUUGUACUCUGAUCCAGGUGUCAAAUAAUAAUAAAGACUGAUAUUUUUGUGAA